UCCUUGGUUCUGUUGUUAGCGAUGGCGAGUCAGUGGCCAGAAUCAGAUUGUUCCAAGAUCAACAGUGGAGACACAGCAUGGAUGCUUGUUUCAACUGCUCUCGUUCUCUUCAUGACGCCCGGUCUUGCUUUCUUCUACGGCGGUCUGGUGCACCGCAAGAGCGUUCUGACCAUCAUCAUGCAAUGCGUGAUCUCCAUGGGGACAACCUCCCUGAUCUGGUUCCUCAUUGGCUUCAGCUUGGCCUUCGGAGAAACUGGAGGAGGAGUGAUUGGCAACCCCAAGUCCUACCCUGUCUUCGUGAACCUUGAUCCCUGCACCCCCGUUGGGUACCCCAUGCAGCCCAACGACGCCAUGGCCUUCCCUGGACUCUUGUUCGCAGCCUAUCAGAUGAUGUUUGCCAUCAUCUCCCCUGCGCUCAUCACCGGCGCGUUUGCCGAUCGCGUUACCUUCCCGGCAUACCUGAUCUUCAUUUCCUUGUGGCUCGUCCUGGUGUACUGCCCCUUUGUCCACUGGAUCUGGAACCCCGCGGGCUUCCUCAACAAGUGGGGAGUGAAGGACUUCGCUGGUGGCAUCGUUGUGCACAUCUCUGCUGGUUUCGCUGCUCUCGCGUCCGUCUUUGUGGUUGGGUCCAGAAAGUACAAGAGCGAGGAGGAGCGCCUCAUCUUGCAGGUUCCUCACAACCGUACCUUCGUUGCUCUUGGAACCGGCAUGCUCUGGUUCGGCUGGUUUGGGUUCAAUGGAGGUUCAGCUCUUGCCUCCAACGGAGUUGCUGUCUUCGCGGUGACAAACUCUUGCAUCGCGUGCUCUACUGCUAUGACCCUGUGGACCAUCAUUGAGUGGGUUUCCACCUCGAAGCCUUCCCUGGUUGGUGCUUGUGUUGGUGCGAUCGCUGGUCUCGCGACCAUCACUCCCUGUGCUGGGUUUGUUCGUCCAUGGGCUGCACUUGUCAUCGGCGUCGUGGCUGCGCUUUUCUGCUAUGGAUGCGUCAAGUUCUGCCGUGAUAUGAUGAAGUGGGACGAUGCUUUGGAUGUUUGGGCUGUUCAUGGAAUGGGGGGAUUCAUCGGAUCCAUCUUGCUGGGUAUCCUGGCUGAUGAGGGGGUUGGCGGCGUCCCGCGCCCGAGCCCCAGUACUCUUCACAGAUCAACUACAACAUUCCUCCUUCACAGCCUAUUCACGAGACAUUCCCUCAGGAGGGUUUUGUGGGAACUGCCUAGAUUGGCAAAAGAAAUUAUUUAUUCUAUCUCUUUAGUGCUGCUAAGUUUUGUUUGAUUCUAUUUUUGAAUAUCAACAUUUUGUACAUCAUACCAGCUUGCCCCUGCCUCCCACCUCAACGACGAGGGUGAACUUGCCGUUGUCACAGCUGUCGUCGGAGUCAAACACCUUGGGGCAUCGGGGGAAACUACGCUGGCUCGCAGCGAUGUGAUCUGUCUUGGCCAUCCCGCAGUUCUUACACCUUGGGCUACACCAGCUAGUCCUCUUGUAAAACCUCGACCUCCUUGCCUUGCAGCUAUCGCAUCCGAAGUGUGAGAGCCGCCCGAUUCCUUUCAGAUUUGCACAAAGACAACAGAAAGGAGGCUCGCCGUUCCAGUUCCAUCUGCUGUUAUCACACGCUGAGCCGAAAAAAUCUCCUCCCUCUGAAGAAUUCGUCUUGAUGCCGCAGCAUGGGCAUUCCCGCUGUUUAUUUGACCAUGGCGCCUUCAGCUUAGCAAACGCGGCGACCUCCUUCUCUAUUUGUAGAGGAAGAGUUGUAUUGUUUAAAUCAAGCAUUGUCCUGGCAUGUUCUGCCGAUGUAGAGUUCGUCGGGCAAGGAUUUCUCAUGCAGAUGAAUUUCAAUUUUAACCU